GUUCGACGAUGUCGAACUGACUUUUUUUUUGACCAUUCUCGAGCAGGCGGAUUGUUUGAACUGCAGGGGAGCACUCAUAUAGCUUGGACAUAGACAAAUCGGAACUCUCUUUGCUUGUCGUCAAGACAUGGCGCCGGCCUUACCUUCAUCACUGAGUCCACAUGUCUGUAUAUUGUCCACCCCGGAUGUAGAGGAGCUGUUCGAGGCUUCUAGUUUACCUUCUCUGCCUCAGACGCUUCAAUGCUUUGUUCCGCUAUCACAAGUGAUGACGCGUACGACAUCACUCGUCUCAGUUCCUCAUAGCUCAUUUGGUCUACGGUUUUCGGACCUCUCAGAGGUCGAAGAAGCAACACAUGAGGAUGAGGAACAGAGGGCCGCGCGCACUAUGGACUGGAUUGGUGCUCGGAUCAGUCACCGUGCCGGACCAUGGGUUAAGACGGUGGAGGCAAAUCUCACCGCCGGUGCAGAUGGCACUGGCAAGCAAAGCUCCUGGAAGGACAAAACACCGUGGUGGGAGGAGGUGAAGAGAUGCGUGGAAGGUGAUCAUAUACCCAACAGCGAUGAGGGGUGGAAUCAUCCUGUUGCCAUCAUCUUUGCUGUAUCCACAAGAGCGGCCAAUCCUCUACAAGCCCUCCAGGAUCUAAACUCGCGUGCUCUCGACUUUCCGCCAUGGGUCGAUACCACGCAUCUCCGAUACUACCUGAUAAUCCACCCCUCCAACUCGUCCCUCUCAGAUCCCAUAGCUGAGGCCUUGUUCAAUGCGAUCAAGAAGCAGUAUGGCUUACAUAGUUACCUCCUACCCCUCGUACUUCCUAUCGAUCCUCUGCCUGCACCGGUUCCGGUCCCUUCCCUUCCUCCCCACCUUCCACCACCUCCGCAGCCCUCCGCGGCCUGGGAUACCCCUCCUCUUGCUCCGCGUCCCACUCCUGCUGGGCUGGUUGCUCCCGACACCCCGAGACCUGCCAUGUCUCCUAUACCUCGAUCACCUGGCCCACCGGCAUUGAGAGCAGGUCAGCAGCAGAGUGCAGCCAUGCAGGAUUCUCCCGUAGGUCGUACGAUACGGUUGUCCGAGGGUGACAUUCAACAGAUAGGCAAGUUCGUCCGGGAAUUUGUUGUAAUGAGCCUAAUACCCUGGAUGGAGAAGUGUGUGAUCGAUUGGAAUGAAAAUUAUUCAUCAUCGCGUCGCCUGCCAUCUCGCCUCUUCUCUUCUACCCGACGAUUGUUUGGCUCUUCCGCCGCAUCUUCAGCGACUGCGGUUCAUGGCACCAAUGCUUCAGUAUCUUCCAUGUCGUCCCGGUUGGCAUCUCAUGGACCUAAGGAUUCUGUUAGUUCGCUCACGUCAGUGACCUCCCUUGGAACCGCCGUUGGCGCUGUCGUUACACAGCAAAGACGGCUGGCCGAAUUCGCUACUAUGCUAGGAGAUGUCAAGCUUGCUGUCAGUGUCUGGGAGAAUUUGAGGAAAGAAGGCAGAGGAGGUUCUGACAUUCUCCCGCUUCUGUUGGCCCCUUCUCCGGCGCUCGCCUUGCAUGCUGCCCAUGCUCUAUCAACCCUGCAACCGCACAGUCAGACUCUGCAAUUCCCUACUCAAUCGCCUGCACACGCACAAAUACGUGCCCUUUCCUAUGCGGUGCGAUGGGCUGUUGGUAUUGACAGAAAGGAUUUUCUCGGCCCCGUGCUUGAAGGCGAACGGUGGUUAGUUCAAGCCGCUGGUAGUGCAGAAGACCCUCCGAGCACUGUUUUACUCGCGCAUGCCGCACUACUCAGUGAGAGGAAGGGUGCUUUCAGGAGAUCGGCGCUGUGGUAUCUGCUUGCAGCGGAUAGGUUUGAAAAGGUUGGCCUUAAACCAUUGGCUCUGUAUUUCUUCCGCAAGGCGCACGACCUGUACCUGAAGCGCCCAAAGAAAGAAGUUUCUCCAUCUUUCUGGGACAGUGAAGAUGUUGAUCCCGCACAGUGGCGAGGAUUCGAGGCUGUCUUGCCUGGAAUUGAACAUGAACUAGGCCGCCUUCUGUAUACGACAGGUGAUACGGAAGGUGCUGUUCGAUAUUUCCUAGGGCUACUGAGAGGCAGCUCUUGUGAUCACUCACUGCAAGCCGACCCGACUUCAUCUAGAGCGUCUAGCGGAAGAAGCACUCCAGAUGGCCGCAUUUCAACGGACAAAGUGUACCUAGAGGAUUUCAGAGUAGCAUUGAAGCAUUUCAAGACGACUGAGCGAGAGAAAUGGGAAGCUGCUGGUCUUCAGUUGCCAGUAACACUCUGCCAAGCCAAACGCACUAGGGUCAGAUUCACAGGCGAUACUGUUGAAGGGGACCCAGCAGAGUGGGACCGGCUAGAGGAAGACUGGAGUGCAUUCUGGAGACCUCGAGGGAAAGAGCGACUUGAGCGCAGCCGCAAAGCCGCUGUGAAUGAGGACUUCUGGGUUGACCUUGUGAUGACAAACCCUCUCGAUGUCGAUAUCAAUAUAUCCGGACUUUCGAUCACUGUUCGGGAGGCCUCUUCAGAUAACCCCGAGAGUGCGAAGGAACUUGUUGAAGUCGAGGUCAUUGACGGCAUCACGCUAGGAGGGAAGGAAACACGUACGAUCCCCAUUGCGGUCAAGUGCAAACAAUGUGCAUCACUCGUGAUCGAUCAUGUCACAUACGACUUUUUAUCCUUGCUACCAGUAACAGAAUCUUUAGCAAUGCGCGGUUUUAGACUGCACGAUACAUCGCAACAAAGACAAAAUAAAGUGUAUGCGCCUGAUGCUGUUAUCAAGAUUGACGUCGAAGAAGCCCUCCAGCGGCUGCAUACCAGCUUUGUGGACGACGAGCAUCUUGUCUUGGCUCAAGGAGAGUACAAACGCCUCAAUCUGUGGAUCACUAAUUCCGGCACAAAUCCUAUCGGCGAGCUGUGGAUGGUAGCCGGAAGAGAAGAUGAGCUUUGGCUUGAUGUCGACAAGCCGAAUAGCCCAGAACCGUCAAGUGAAGGCUCAUCGGUCGCAGAGCUGAUACAUUCUUCGAAUUCGCUAUCUCCUCGGAUACCGCAUCUCAUAUCAUUGAGUCGCACCCAUGGCUCAUCGGAGCUGAAACCCGAAGAAUCCCUGCAGUUUCCAGUCAUCCUGCAUGCCUCUGAUAUUUGUGAUCGGGACCUAUGCAUCCUUUUCGUGUUUCGCGAAGCGAAUGCAUCAUCAUUUCGUUGCACUCGCGUCAUUAGGCACUAUGAAGUCGCCCCCUUGAUACAAAUAGCGGUUUCGGCGGAGGCAAGCCAGUCGACGGGACAUUUGUUUACAGUGAACGUUGAGGUAGAAAACGCAGCUGAAGGAAGUGUGGUCACUUUGAAACAGCUUAUCGCCAUGAGCCCCAUGUGGACGUGUGCCCCGCUGGGUUCAUAUCAAGCGAGCAUUAUGCCGCCAUAUCAAGUUGUCCGAUUUAGUCUGGGUGCUGUACCAUGGCAGCAAAGGUCGGAUCCUGUGGACACCGUCCGGUUUGUCACCAACAAGCUCCGAGGCGUACUGCACGGUGACCAACCAGAUCUGACGAGGCCGCCACCAAUAGAUCUCAUUUGCAGGCAUGUGUUUGAUGACUCCAAUUCCAACCCACUUCUAACGGCAGACAUGAGAACUUUCAUCCAUUGCAACAGACGGACAUAUAGCACUCGAUCUGCUGUUUCAUCUCAUCCCUACAUCCCACCGGACAGCCACCCAGCCAUCUUCCCUUUGUAUAAUCCUCACUCUCUCGACAUUCUGUUGUGCUGGGAGCUCCCAGCAGAAGGCCGUCGUGGACAUGUGCUUAUCCCGGGACUUACACUGGGGGCAGGCCAUGCAUUCCUAAAGGACAUUGUUAAUGAAGCAGAACGGAUGAAAGUUAAACGCUCAAUGUAUGCAGAGACGCAGCGGGAGCGGUUAGAGAUUUUGGGAGCUAUUCGGGAGAGUGAAUGGAAUGUCGAGAUGGACCCGAUCACGGUGACAAUAGACGCAAGCAGUACAGUACGACACGACUUCUCCCGCGGGCCUUGCUGUGUGCAUAUUUCGUUCAUGCUCCGAAACUGUUCACCCACCAACCCUUCACGGGUGGUACUCAAGCUCAACGCCGAGGACGGGAGAGGGUCUCAUACAACUCAGCUCGCCUCUGCGCAUUUCGCUGGUCGUCUAAUACAUCGCAAGGUGUUAGAACCUCUGGGAUCCGUCACGUUCCGUGGGACCGUCUGGGUGACGCGUCCUGGAAACGUCAUCCUGGACGGUUGGGUUGUAGAAACUGAGAUCGGCGAGCAAAGUUUCGUUGAGUCUGAGUCCGCGGCCGUGCCAUGGAAGUCUAGGCAACUUCGAUACGUGCAAGCCCCCCGGGCAGACGACCCGCACUAUGUAACCGUCAUAGACGAUGCGGCGUCAUGAUCGAUGAGACGUGUACAUAUUCAGCCAUUUUCUAUAGCGAAUAGCAAGCCUUUACUACCUGCGUUACUUCAACAGGGACAUCGCAGCUUGCUCAUGCGGGAUAGGUUCCUUCAUGACCUUUCCAAGUACCAUAGUAGUGCUUCUUCGACUCCUUUAAGCCAUCGUUCCGCGAAGGCAUGUUCAUAGACAUUCGCAUCCCAACUGAGGAGCAGCGUGAGUUGCUUCUUUGUGGUGACUGCACCAAGGUAGAAAUACGCUGGCCGUACAUGCAGA